UCUCUCCUUUUCCGUCUGACCUAUGUGACAGUGCAUGUUUAUUAAAAAAAAAACCUCCUCUUUUUAUCAGUUCAGUAGCCAAGGAAAUGAAAGAAUGAGCCUCUAAGGCUAUCACUUAUACCCUCCAAUGCCUCGCAAUUCAAAUAUCACUUCUAUUUUUCGCCCUUUUUGAAUAUCGCAGCCUCUGCACUUCCCCAUUUUCUUUUGCCUUUUCCUUCGCAUGAUCUACAAUUGCAACUUUGUUGAUUGCUUUUGAACUUUGAAGUCUCACCACUCUCUCUUUACCCCUUGCAUUAACAGUCUCCCAGAGAGAGAGAGAGAGAGAGAUAAAGAAGAAGGGAAAAUGAUGACGAUGAAGAAAAGACUGGCUUGCUGUACGCGGGACAGAGAGAUUAGCCUCGAUUUUGAUGAGCAAGAUAAUAAAUUUUCUGGUAUAAUGACAUAUAAUGGUCUUGAGAGCUGCAUUAUCAACAAUCAGUCUUAUGAGAAUGAAAGCAGAACAAGCAGAGGAGAUGGAUGUGCAUCUGAUUCCUUGGAUGAUGAUUUCUCCAGCUGUUCUUCUAGCAAAGAUGCUUUUGGAUCAUUUUCUUCCAAGUGGAUGAAGAGAGAUGAACAGGGUUCAGAUGAAUGGGAGCUCUCUGAAAGCCCCGAGCAUUUUUAUGUCAAAGAGAAGCCUGCUUAUUCCAUUCAAUCUUCAGACGUUGAGACAAUGAAAGAAAAUUUUGCUAAGCUUCUAUUGGGGGAAGAUAUUACCGGUGGACGGAAGGGUGUCUCCACAGCUUUAGCUUUGUCAAAUGCCAUCACAAAUCUUGCAGCGUCAAUUUUUGGGGAGUUGUGGAAAUUGGAGCCACUAGCUGAAGAAAGGAAAAAUAAAUGGCGAAGAGAAAUGGACUGGUUACUCUCUCCUACCAACUAUAUGGUGGAGUUAGUGCCUGCUAAGCAAAAUGGUGCAAAUGGCAGGACUAUGGAGAUAAUGACACCAAAAGCCCGUGCGGACAUUCACAUGAAUCUCCCAGCACUUCAGAAGUUGGACUCUAUGCUUAUUGAAACUCUGGAGUCAAUGGUGAAUGCUCAGUUUUAUUAUGCAGAAGUUGGAAGCCGGGCAGAAGGAAGAAACAAGAGUGCAAGGGAGAGCAAGAGGUGGUGGCUUCCAUUGCCACAAGUACCAAAAACUGGGCUCUCAGAUACCGAAAGGCAGAAGUUGCAAUGUAAAGGCAAGGUGGUAUAUCAAGUAUUCAAGGCUGCAGCAUCGAUUAAUGAAAAUGUUUUGCUUGAAAUACCUCUUCCAUCCAUUAUUAGGGAUGCUCUUCCCAAGUCUGGGAAGGCAAGCCUUGGUGACGAACUGUACAAGGUUUUGACUCUGGAGUCCACCUCGGUUGAUGAAAUGUUCAUUUCGCUAAAUUUAAAGUCUGAAAACAAUGCUCUCGAGGUCAUUAAUAGGUUGGAAGCUGCUGUAUUUGCAUGGAAAGGGCGACUUACAGAACAAGCUAGUGGUAAAUCGCCAGUGCGAAAAUCAUGGUCCUUUAUUAAGGAUCCUAUAUCUGAAAUGGAUAAGAUGGAGCUACUAGUGGACCGUGCUGAAGCACUUUUACAUCAGAUAAAGAGUGCAUACCCAAACCUUCCUCAAACGUUUCUUGAUGCUUCAAAAAUUCAAUAUGGCAAGGAUGUUGGACAUUCCAUUCUGGAAGCAUAUUCACGAGUCCUAAAGAACUUGGCUUUCAGCAUAAUGUGCAGGAUGGGAGAAAUUCUACAAGAAGACAGUUUGUGUAACCCAAAUUCAGGGGUGGCAACAUGGUGCUUUCCUGGAAUAAAUGUGGGAAAUCCAAGGCACUCUCACUCACUCAGUGAUGUUAUGAGCAAAGUAGAGGGAAGUACUGAAUCCGAUACGGACGGGGAGUUGUACAGUGAUGCAAGUAUAAAUGCAACACCAAGUACAAGUAGGAGCCGUCGAGUUUGGUGUAUUGGGAAAGAGGCAUGUAGUAGUAUAGGAGUGUCUCCUUGAUAAUAAAAAAAAUCAAAAAGAUGAUGGAAAUUUGAUUUUCAACACUGCUUUUGUAUAUCAUUGUUAAGCUUAAUUAAUUAAUAAAAGCCAUAAAAGAAACAUAUACUUGCUAGUA